UUCACAACCUCAUACCCCCAGCAAUUGCACGGCGGGAGCUGUGGAUACAGUCCCCCACUCCCUGCAAGCUGGCACACGCCUGCCCAUCACCUUGACAGCCUCUGACAUCCUCCCCGACACCCACACCCUCCUCUGCACACACGCAGUCCUCCCACAUCCUGCCACUCACACCUGCAUCUUUGACACUCUGACACACUUACACAGACACACACCACACCGACCCCCCAACACACACUCCCAGGCUAUGGGCACCAAAGGGCCCCGGCACUCCCCUGCACACUCUCCCUGCCACGAUGACUGACACGUGUCCUCCCACACACAACUCGGUCACACUCGCUGCCUUUCCAGGACACCCCCAUUCACAGCGUGACAGGCUGGUACUCUCCCCACGACCUCACAGGCCUCCCUGAAAUUCCCAGUGCCAGGACCACGAAGGGGUUAAAGCCAGAGUCCUGCCUCCCGGCUGCCCCUCUCUCUCUCCCUCCCCCUUUAUCCUCUCUGCUGGACUCCAUCAAUAAUGCAGCUUCAAGUUCUGGGGAGACCGCAGGGGGCCCCCCAGCCGGCUCCCCCGGCCUUGGCUCUAACUCCCACCCUCCUCCCAGCCCUAGGAGAACACGAUUCUCCAUGCUCAUUGGCCAGUUUCCUCUAAGCCCUCCCUCCGAGCACCCGGGCGCCAGUCCCAGGCGGAGGGGACGGGCUGGGGACCCCAAAGCGGGGACCGGAGGGGUGAGCCUGGCAGAGGCAGCGACACACGCGGAGAGGAGGAGAGGCUGAGGGAGGGAGGUGGAGAAGGGCGCGAGAGGCAGAGAGAGGAGACACGCAGAGACACUCCGGAGGGGAGAGACACCGAGACGCAGAGACACCCAGGCCGGGGAGUGCGAGGGAGCGAGGCAUAGACCCGGCUUAGCGAGCGCGGGGGGCGACCCCAGAGUCCCGAGAGCCUGGGGGCGCGCCCAUCCCGGGCGCCGACCCUCCUCCCGCUCCGCGCCCUCCCCUCGGCGGGCGCGGUAUUUUUAUCCGUGAGCGAACAGCCCUCCUCCUCCUCCCGCCGCACAGCCCGCCACCUGCGCGGGGGAGCCCAGCACAGACCGCCGCCGGGACCCCGAGUCGCGCUUCCCAGCCCCGCCGCCCACCCCACGCGCCAUGGACCCCAAGGACCGCAAGAAGAUCCAGUUCUCGGUUCCCGCGCCCCCUAGCCAGCUCGACCCCCGCCAGGUGGAGAUGAUCCGGCGCAGGAGACCAACGCCUGCCAUGCUGUUCCGGCUCUCAGAGCACUCCUCACCAGCUGUGCAGCGCAUUGCUGAGUCUCACCUACAGUCUAUCAGCAAUUUGAAUGAGAACCAGGCCUCAGAGGAGGAGGAUGAGCUGGGGGAGCUUCGGGAGCUGGGUUAUCCAAGAGAGGAAGACGAGGAGGAAGAGGAGGAUGAUGAGGAAGAGGAGGAAGAAGAGGACAGCCAGGCUGAAGUCCUGAAGGUCAUCAGGCAGUCUGCUGGGCAAAAGACAACCUGUGGCCAGGGUCUGGAGGGGCCCUGGGAGCGCCCACCCCCUCUGGAUGAGCCCGAGAGAGAUGGAAGCUCUGAGGACCAAGUGGAAGACCCAGCACUAAGUGAGCCUGGGGAGGAACCUCAGCGCCCUUCCCCCUCUGAGCCUGGCACAUAAGCACCCAGCCUGCAUCUCCCAGGAGGAAGUGGAGGGGACAUCGCUGCUCCCCAGAAACCCACUCUAUCCUCACCCUGUUUUGUGCCCUUCCCCUCGCCUGCUAGGGCUGCGGCUUCUGACUUCUAGAAGACUAAGGCUGGUCUGUGUUUGCUUGUUUGCCCACCUUUGGCUGAUGCCCAGAGAACCUGGGCACUUGCUGCCUGAUGCCUACCCCUGCCAGUCAUUCCUCCACUCACCCAGUGGGAGGUGGGAUGUGAGACAGCGCGCACUGGAAAAUCCAGAAAACCGGGAACAGGGAUUUGCCCUUCACAAUUCUCCCCAGAUCCUCUCCCCUGGACACAGGAGACCCACAGGGCAGGACCCUAAGAUCUGGGGAAGGGAGGUCCUGAGAACCUUGAGGUACCCUUAGAUCCUUUUCCAUCCACUCUCCUAUGGAGGAUUCCAAGUCACCAUUUCUCUCACCGGCUUCUACCAGGGUCCAGGACUAAGGCGUUUUUCUCCACAGCCUCAACAUUUUGGGAGUCUUCCCUUAAUCACCUUGCUCCUCUUGGGUGCCUGGAAGAUGGACUGGCAGAGACUUCUUUGUUGCGUUUUGUGCUUUGAUGCCAGGAAUGCCGCCUAGUAUAUAUCCCCAGUGGGGCACAUGGUAGGGGGCGCCAGGUUUUCCUUGUCCCCCAGUUGCUCUGCCCCCUUCCCCUUUUUCCCUGACUCCAGGCCUGAACCCCUCCCGUGCUGUAAUAAAUCUUUGUAAAUAAC